AUGUCUCAUGAUUCAAACACAGUGAAAGAUGUCAUAUAUAAACCUAACAAACGGUUGUUGAGGAUAUUUAUUGUGCUUUGCAUUAUUCUGCUUCUUUUUAUCGGUCAGCACUUAGUUUUCGGAAAUCGUGAAGAUCUAGUAUCUGAAGUACAAAAUAAUAAAGUUUUUAGAUUUAUCAACGAAGCGGAAGAUAAGGAUACUUUGAAUAACGUGAAUUUCUAUGGAACAUCCGUACAAACACAUUCGGCACAAAAACAAGAAGAAGAACAGGAUGUGAAGGGUAGUCAAUCAGCAAACAGAAUUAAUGAAGCUUCCAACUCGGCGGGUGAUGAGGAAACUGAGGAAAUGGAAAAUAUGAUGGAUGAACAGGAAAACGAGAGAGAGAGAGCGGCGAUGGUAAUUAUAGUGCAGAAUAAAGCAGACAUUCUGCUGGUGAUGCCAACAAUAAGAAGCUACCAACAGAAGUUUAACGAAAAAUACAAUUAUGACUGGGUUAUAAUAUCACACAGGGCGAUGUUGUCUCUGCUUCAGCAAGAUAUAACGGCUUUAACGAAGCCGGGAUCCAAUGUUAAGUUUAUGGAUAUGAAAUAUCUGUCGGAACUUAUAAUAUACCCUCCUGGAAUUGACAAACAAAAGGUAAGAGAAAUAAGACGGGAUACAAAUUUUCCAAAGUUGUUGAGAUCCAAGAAUAUAUUACAAGCGAGACAUUUUGCAAGGUUUUUGACGGGCCAUUUUUAUAAUUUGGAUAACAUUUGGAAAGAUUAUGAUUAUUACUGGAAAGUGCCGCUAGGGUCGCAAUUGAAUUGUGAGGUCAACUAUGAUGUAUUCAAAUACAUGAAGCAAAACAAGAUUAAGUAUGGAUGGCUGUUGAUGCAACAAGACUAUCCUCACCUCCAUCCUAGUUUGUUCAAUGCCGUAAAAAGGUACAUUCUCGAUCCAGGCAACGAUUUUAUGGAUGAAUCGGGACCCACUCGGAACAACUUUCAUUUCCUUCUUGGCAACGGUAUGGAUCCUGAAGCAUUGCAAGAUCCAAAUGCCGAUUGGAAAAUAAAUUCGUGCUCUAUUGAUUCAGAAUUCGAAUUAGUGGAUUUGUCGUUCUUCAAAUCCAUUCAAUACCAGCAUUUCUUCAAUUACAUAGACGGAUUCAAUGGCUUCUACUACGAAAGCUGGAGUGAACCGGUAAUCAAGACCAUAGCCACUUCACUUUUCCUCAACACAAAUCAAGUUCACUUCUUCGACGAUUUGGCAGUACUGGUUCGGACCCAAGCUUUAGGACUCUGCCCUUUAAACAAAGAUUUUUAUAUCAAGAACAAAUGUACUUGCAAUCCACAAGAACACGGUAAGAAGAUUGGUGUGGGUAAAUUUCCUGGAGAAGAAUUACAAUUAAUGCAUAAGAGUACAUGUUUGGCUAAAUGGUUGCAAUCUUCAGGCCAAGGCACACCUCAAGCUUUUGAAGCUGAAGACGACCCACUUUUCGAAUCUUUUCUCGAAAAUGACGAACCUCCCUCAGACUAG